AUGGUGGACCUACCUCCUCCUGUCCAAGGGCCAACUGCAAAGGAGAAGAAGUACGACCGACAGCUGCGUCUGUGGGGAGCUACCGGCCAGCUUGCGCUCGAGAAUUCGCACAUCCUUCUUAUUAACAACGGUCCUGGUGUUGUUGGCAUCGAAACCCUGAAGAAUCUCGUCCUGCCCGGCAUAGGCCAGUUCACCAUUCAAGACUCUGCCCUCGUCACCGAGGCAGAUCUGGGCGUGAACUUCUUCUUGGAGGACCAGCAUCUUGGCGGUUUCCGCGCCGAGCACACCUGUAACUUGCUGAAGGAACUGAACCCGGACGUGGACGGCCAUUUCAUUACAGAGCCCAUCGAAUCGUGGCUGGUCCAACCAGACGCUCUACGACCGUAUACACUCAUCAUCGCGACUGCUCCUGUGCGACCCGAGCUACUUGAAAAGCUCUCCGUUCAUGCAAGCGCUGCGCUGAUUCCGCUCUUCUACGUCCACUCGAUUGGCUUCUACUCGCAUUUUUCAGUACACCUACCGCCCGCUUUCCCCAUCGUCGAUACACAUCCUGGUCCUGAGACCGUGACAGAUCUACGGCUACUGAAGCCAUGGCCUGAGCUGCUUCGGUUUGCAGAGGAGAAGACAUCAGAGCUGGAGAGCAUGAGCCCUGACGAUCACGGGCAUGUACCAUACCUUGCGUUGCUGCUGCACUACCUUGAAGAGUGGAAAAAGACGCACAAUGGGGAGGUGCCACAGAACUAUAAAGAGAAGACAGAGUUCCGAACAGUAGUAUCACAAGCUGCAAGGACCGACAACCCAGAAGGUGGGGAGGAGAACUAUGAUGAAGCUGUGGCUGCUGUACUCAAAUCGUUGAACCCUCCACAAGCCAGCAGUUCAGUCAAAGAGGUCUUUACUGCGCCAGAGUGUAUACUUAUCCGCGAGGACUCGUCUACUUUCUGGGUCAUCGCAAAUGCUAUCGGGCUGUUCUAUACAAAGUACGGUGUGCUUCCGGUGCCGGGAUCUGUGCCGGAUAUGAAGGCUCGCUCGAAGGACUACAUCCAGCUUCAGAACGUCUACAAGUCGAAAGCAAGGAAAGACCUUGCGGAGGUACUGGAGAGUGUACGAUUCUUGGAAAGGAGCGUGGGUCGAAGCACCUCCAUCGAGGAGAAGGACGUUGAGGCAUUCUGCAAGAAUGCUGCACACAUCAAGCUAGUACGUGGAAGACCAUUCCACGUGGUGCAAGCUGGUAAAAACGUCAAAUGGGGCGAUAGGGCCAGAUCUCUCGCACAGGAGCUCACUUUCCCGGACUCCUUGAUCCCCUUAUAUAUGGUUUUUCUGGCUUGGGAUGCGUUCGCAGCGACACACGACAAGGAUGGCCUGGGUGGAGCGUCGCAAGUACCGGGCGAGACCGACGCAGAUAGCGAUGCGGACAAGCUUACUGGGAUUGCUCUCACGAUCAUGGACGACCUGAUCAAGGAAGCCAGCACUCGCAUUGAGGACCCUGAUUACUCCACGAUCAAAGCGCAGGUCGGAAAGUAUGCUCAAGAGUUUGCCCGAGCAGGCGGAGCUGAGCUGCACAACAUGGCUGCUCUCACUGGUGGCAUUGUGUCCCAGGAGAUCAUCAAGUCUGUCACAGAGCAGUACAUCCCUGUCGAUAAUACGUGCGUAUUCGACGGUGUUACGAGCAAGAGUGCCGUCUUCAAGGUCUGA